AUGCAAAUCUUCCGCCACUCAUCAGCCGAUACUUGGAAGAAAAAACCAUUAGAACGAAGAUCGGCGACUGAUCGAAGACCUUCUGUUGUUGAUUGGAUCACUGGAUUUAGUGAUAACAAUAAUUCGAAUUCUGAUUGGAUUCCGAGGUAUUUUUGAUCUCUACAGUAUCUCUCCAGCCCACCCCCCUCCCAAAUUCUCUUUUUUCAGAAAUGAAGAUGAGCGAUUGACAAGAAAUGGAAGUGUUUGUGCAGUUGAAGAAUCUCAACCAAAUGUUUCAACUCAACAUAAAGAUCUGCUGAUUUCACAGUUGAAAAAAGAGGUCAAAGUUAUUAUGGAAGAAGCGGUGACGAAGAAAAUGAUGGAUUUGAAUUCGCCUUAUGUUACUUCACUUUGCGGUAUGUCUUUUUUUGGGGGCUGGAGGCCACGUGGAUUACGAUGACGUGGAAUAUUUGCCACGUCAUAGAAAACCACAUGGCCGUAUGAGUUCUUAACAUCAAUUUAGGGUUAAUUAGGAUAACUGUGAAUAAUUUUAGGGAUUACUGUAGAUCAGUCUAAGAUUACUGUAAUUAAUUUAACAAAUUUCCAAGAUUCAAUAAAUCUAGGAUUACUGUAGCCGAUUCGAGAUUACUGUAUAUUGAUUUCUCGAUUUAAAAAUUUCGAAAUUUACCGGACCUUUUUCAAAUUUCAAAAAAAAAUGUUGCAGUCGCAAUCGAUGCUUGUUUAAUGGACGGAUUGCGUCGUCGAUUACUCGGCCUAUUCAGUUGUCGAUCAUCUUUGGCGCUCAUUCAAAUUCUUGCCAAACAAAAUGCGACCGCCGAAACGAUAUUAAUCAAAACCUACGAAUUCGAAGGUCAAACAAAUAUCGGACCACAUUUAGUAUGGAUUCGAGAAGCACUUCAUCUUAGAUCAUUGAGCACUAUUAUACAUCAUAUUAGCACUGCAAAAAAGUGAGUGAGAAAGGGAGAGAGAGAUUAACAAUUGAAGAUUACUGUAGUCUUUGAAAAUGGAAAAAAAACUUUUGGAAAAUUAUGAAUGGAGGGAUUUGGUUGGGGAAAGAAGGACAACAACAAAACCGAAACCGGAAAAGUUCAAAAAGUUGUUGGAACUUUUUUGAGAGUGAAAAGUUCUGAACUUCUGGUUGAACUUUGUAUAUUUUGGAAAAAAAUGUGUCUGGUUCUACAGUAAAAAAAUAACAUGUUAAAUCGAAGUUUAGUUUGCCACGUCAUAGAAAGCUACGUGGAAUUUUUCAGUCUAUACUUUUAAAAAAAAUGCUCUUCCUAAUCCAAUUAGCCAAAUUAAUCUUGCCAUUUUCCGGAGAUUAAAAAUAUUCCAAGUGAAACAAAAAUUUUGACAAUUCAGAAUUCAAUUUUCAGAUUUUCUAGAGUCCCUAUUUUUUGCUUUUUUCUCACAAUGAAAUCUGAGACAUGACAUUCAAAACAUUAAAACAGAUUUGAAAAAACAGAAGAUUACAAUUUGUAGGAGCAAAAAAUAAAUCAUAGGACCAAAGUACAAUGAUUUGUAUUCGAUUUCGUGAUUCAUAAAUAUUUAUAAUUUAUCGAUUUUUGAAUUUUCCAGAUGACAUGAGAAAUUGAGAGUUUGGAAAAAUUGAAAACCCAAAAAAUUUUGGCUGAGAAUAAAAAGGCUUUUUGAAAUUUUCAUCUUUGGAAAAUUAAGUUUUCAAAAAAAUCUUGAAAAUGAAAUCUGAGUUUUUUGCCGGAAAUUUUCAAUUUUCAAAUAUUUAUUCCAGCAUUCAACGAUUAUAUGACAAGAAUUCCCUGAUGUUGGAUCGUGCAAAAGGUGGAAUGGUUGCGGCGCUUCUUUGUAAGUCUUCUUCUUCAUUUUUCAGACCUGCUAAAAAUUUCAUGAAUUUUUAAUGAAAUCAAAACAAAACAAAAAGCUUUUGUCUUAAGAUUUUCUUUUUGUUUGGUUUCUUCUUCUCUAGAAAUAAAAUAAAUAAAAAGCGGUGAAAUUGGAUUUGGAAAAAAAAUGUAAUUUAGAAUUUCUCUAGAUUCUCUAAAAGAAGAUUCAUGCACUUUCAAUUUUUGUUUUUAGUCAUAUUCAUAUUCAUCAAAACGAAUUCGAUUAGCAAAAACUUCAUCUCACAUUCCAUCCCAUUUCAUUUUUGCUUUGCUCACUUUUUUCUUUUUUCUUUUUUUAGCUCUCGCGCAGCUUAUUGAUUAAUUUUUCAGCAGCAAAAUAGUGUAUGAAGUAGUGGAGAAAUUAGAGAGUCAGAUGGAAUUCCCUCGUUUUUUUGGCAGCUUUUUGUUGUUGGCAAUGUUUCAGGUUUUUUUGUAGUCGCCGAGUUAAUCCUUGAACAAUUUGUUGUUGACGUAUUUCGAUUUUUUUUUUUUGAAAAAUAUCAAAUCUCAUUAAAAAAAAUUGUUGGCCGCGCAGCUCAAAUAACAAAUUAGUAGUAGUAUUAUAUGCAUCCAUAUGGCUUCAUCUUUUUCUCUUUUUUUUUUUUUUGAAAAAUAACCCUUUUCUAUUUUUUUCAGUAGGACCGUGUGCAGUCACAUUUCGAAGAAUGGCUUCUGAAGAGGCAACUGCUGAAGAAUUAGUUGAAAGAGGAGGUGGAAUUAAUUGUGGAAGUUAUAAUUCAACUAAAAAUAGAUAUCAGAAUGGAGGAGUGGGAUCAGGAGAUAGCACAACUAGACCACCAUUAUCAGUAAGUUAAUCUCAAGAAAAAAAUAAUUUUUUGUAUUUACAUUUGUUAGACAAAAAUCCAAAUGUGGAAUAAGUGGGUGUCUAAAGAAUUUGGAACAUUUUUUUUAAAAAGUCAGAAACUUUUUCUGAGUUUCUUUUUUCCAAACCCCAAUUUCAGAUAACUCGACAAGGUUCAAGUAUUGUGUCAUCCCUGGAUCGAAAUGGCUCAGUUAGUCGAGAUUAUGUUUAUUCUCUACAUCACAAUUUCAAAACAAGUUUACUUUUUGGAAAAAAUAAUGUGUCAGUUGCAACUGAUAAUAAUGAUCAAGCUAAAGGUUAUUUAUCACUUCAUAAAAAUUAUGAUGGAAAUUUGACACUCAAGUGGAUUCCGAAUCAAUUGAUGCAUGCGAGGUUUGUUUAAACUACAGUUUUGUGGCGAUUGUCUUACAGUACCUUUUGAAUCUUCCAGCUCUCAACCAUCAUCCGCUCAUUCAAACAACGGUGAAUUCAGUAAUUUAUGGAAAAAUGCGAUACAAAUUGACAUGUCUGAAAUAAUUUAUAUUCAUCUUCAUCAAAAAGAUGAAACAAGUCCGGCUUGUUUGACAUUUGUGAAUUGUGAAGGUGUGCAAAGUGCUCCGCUUCAUUUACCAGCUGGACAACAUACAAUUGCAUUUUUAUCGUCGCUUGAAGCUGGACUUGCGCCAAUUUUGAGAUUGGAUCCACCGCUUUGGAUUGGAUCAACUAAAGGUUAGUUGAUAUAUGGGUUCCAAAUCAGGCGGACUAGAUUUUCAGAAAAACUCUAGGCUUUUUAGAGCUACGUUUUUUUUUCAAAAAUAUUUUUUGGAUCAAUUUGAAAUGACACAAUUCCUAUAAAGUCUGGUCGACAUAUUAAAAUUUUAUAGUAUUUUCUCAUUUUCUCUGCUCCUUUUCCACCUGUUUGGGUUUCCAUGCCAGCCGACUACAACCUUUCAAAAUCCUACUAUUCAUAUCAAUCUCAUAUACUUUUUUUCUAGAAAAAAUGUUACCUCGACUUCGAAAACGAUCGACAGCAGUGUCAGCAUCUUCAGCAAUGCUAGAUUAUGUAUUCCGAUUAGUUCGAACUUCCGGAGCUGAACCAUCGAUUCCUCCUCCAAAUUUGAAUUCGCAAAGAGAAAUUGAAGAAGAAGAAGGAGAUGAAGAAGGCGAAGAAAAUGGAGUUGGAUAUAAAAAAGGGUACAAUGUAUCAGAAAUGCAUGAUAGAUGUAUUAGUCUACCUAAUUCUCCAUAUAUUAUUGAUAAUGUUGACAGUGUUGUAAAGUGAGUACUUAUUUAGAGGAAGUAAAAAAAAAAACAAAACACUUCAAUUUUUUCGUUUUUGUUCAUUCUACAAAUAUUUCAGUUUCCAAAUCGGCAAAGCUUGUCAAUCAAUGCGAAAUCAAAUCCUAGCUCGAGCAUUUUAUGGUUGGCUGAGUUAUGUUCGACAUCUUCGAACAAUCCGUCAACAUCUUCUACAUCUCGUCAACACAACAAAAGAAAAUGGCGAUGAAUCGGAAUAUGAAGUUGUUGAUGAAAAAUUCUGGAAGGAAUGUAGAUCAAAUCCGACAGCAGAAUCUGAGACCGAAUUUUUGCGAAGAGUGUAUUAUUGUGGAAUUGAGAGUAAAGAAUUGAGACGAUUUGCAUGGCCAUAUUUGAUGGGAUUGUAUACGUGGAAUGAACAAAAUUGUGAACAACGAUUGGAAGAAUAUACGAGAAGGUAUGAAUUUGAGUUUUAAAAAUUGGAUUUAUUAUUAUGUUUGUUUUUAGAUAUUUGAAUGAUAUUGAAGAAUGGAGAGUUCUUGAGACUGAAGUUCGGCGAAGAGAUGAGGAAGCAUUUAUUGCAGCAAGAGCCAAGAAAACUGCAACACCUUUGAGAGAAGGAUCAAUUAUCAAUGAAGUGUUUGAAGAUGUUAGUUAGCCUAACACUGCUAUAAAUCACAGGGUGUAAUUCACUACCUCAAAUCGCUAGACCUCAAAUUUUUCAUUAAUUUUUGGGUAGAUCAAAAAUAAUUUUUCUCUAAAUCUCUCGUUUUUGCGUUGAAUUUCGUCGAUUUUAGUCCCACCCCUAAGAUCGUGUCAGGUCUCAAAAAAUGCGCGAAAUUUUUCGGGUAGUAAAUUACACUCUGUGUAAAUAUGUUUUUGUUUUUUUCUAGGAACCAACAUGUUCACACCGUGAUGAUCAUGAACAUCUCGUCGUCUCAUUCAUGGCAAAUCUUCAUCGAAUCGACAAAGAUGUUGAAAGAUGUGAUCGAAAUCUCAUAUUUUUCUCGAAUAAAGAUAAUUUGGAGAGUUUGCGUCGAGUUAUGUGCACGUAUGUUCGCCGAAAUUUGGAAGAGGGGUAUAUUCAGGGAAUGUGCGAUUUAUUGGCACCACUUUUGGUGGUUUUUGAGGAUGGUAAUAUUUUAUCUGGGGAAUAUUUCAAAAAAAAAAAAAUUUUUUUUUAGAAGCGCUGACUUUGGAAUGUUUCACUAUCUUGAUGGCUCGACUUCGUGAAAACUUCCCACAACGAAGUGGAAUGGACAAAUGUUUAUCAAACCUUCGCUCAUUGAUUCAAGUGGUUGAUCCUCAAAUAUUCCAAAUGUUAACCGCGUCUUCCGAUUUCACCCAUCUUUAUUUCUCAUAUCGCUGGUUUUUACUUGAUUUCAAAAGAGAACUUUCAUAUGAAUGCACUUAUAAAGUAUGGGAAACUAUUUGGUCUGCAACUCGAUUGGAAAUCACUGAAAAUUUCGCGUUAUUCUUCGCAUUGGCAUUAGUCACUAAUUAUCGAGAUGUUAUUGUUACAAAUAAUAUGGAUUUUACAGAUAUGAUCAAAUUUUUCAAUGGUAAUUUCAUUUUAGAGAUAUUUUUUUUCAAACAAAAAAAAAAACAUUUUUUCAGAAAUGGCGGAAAGACACGAUUGUUCGAGGAUCUUAACAUCUUCUCGAAAUCAUGUGAAAUGUCUUCAAAACUUGGUUCAAAAUUUGAAAUAA